AUGUGGUGCGGACGCGUUGCUGUCAGCUUUCUGCUGUCCGGCCUUGCAUCAGCAGCCUGGAUCAACAACAUCUCAAACAGAGACCUCUGCGUCAACACUCCCCUCCGGGUCAGAGGCUGCGGGCGGCCACACCUGUUCGAACUCGAGCUGCCCGAGGAGCCCGCGUCGCCAUGGACGUUCAAGCCGCAAUGCAUCAAUUCAACCUUCGGCUCACCGCAGCUCUGCGUCUUCACCUCACAUGAGUUCGCCAACGGACGCGGCAUCUCCAUCAUCACCACGCCAAGCACCGCCGCGGCCAUCCAGAACCUCACUUCCUUUACCCAGUCGGGGAACCUGACCAAGGCGGGCGAGAUGGCCGUCCCGCCGUUCGAGGUGAGGGACCUGCCGGGCCGUGGGAAGGGCGGCAUCGCGAACACGACCCUGCAUCGUGGAGAUCGGCUGCUCGCGGCUACGCCGGCUAUAUUGGUGGACAUGAGGGUGAACCGGUUCCUGAACGUCAUGGACGGCAUUAUGCUGGAGACAAUCGCCGUCCGCCAGCUGCCUCCGCAGGCCAACGAGAUGUUCUGGGAGCUGCAUAGCCAGCCAACCACGAACUCCGUCCGCGAUCGGAUUACCGUAAAUGCCUUUGCCGUCGAGGUGGCAGGAUGGCAGUUUUCCGGCGUGGUGCUUGAGACCUCGGUGAGUUCUGUCCGGCAGAUCGAUCGACGCUGCAAGUUGCCUUCACAUUGCGGUGCUAACCCACGUUCACAGCGCUUCAACCACGACUGCCGCCCCAACUCGGCCUACUACUUUGACGAAGAGACCCUCACGCACUACACGCACGCCUCCACGGAGAUUAACCCCGGGACCGAAAUCUCGCUCACGUACAUCAGCCCGCUCGCGCCGCAGCAGCACCGGCAAAACACGCUCAGGGUCUCGUGGGGAUUCAAGUGCACCUGCAGCCAGUGCAGCAUGCACCCCAAGAUGAUCAAGCACUCCGACACGCGCAUCGAGCACAUCAACAACAUGACGCGCCUGCUCUACGGCUGGCACGAGCGGUGGACCGCGCGGCUCGACCUGACAGACGCCGCCGCCGUUGCCGCCGCUGACACGAAGAAACCCGUCGUCAAGGACGAGCAGCAGGCCAAGAAGCACGAGGAGGCCCAACAGAAAGCCAUGGACAAGAUCCCCGUGAUUUCGAACGUGGAGGCGAUUGCCACGGCGGAGACGGUCAUCAGCUUAUACCAGCAGGAGCGGCUGGUGGUGUACAGCUCGGACGCGCACUUGAUUGCGGCGCUGGCGAACUGUGCCGAGGGGCGUCGCACCGAGGCUAUCAAGCAUGCGCAGCUGGCGCUGGAGACGGGGCUGGUGCAUGAGGGGCUGGAUGACGAGCUGCACGUGGAUGUUGUCAAGCUGGGGGUUGAUCCGACGAAGGAGCCGUGCUGGCUGAAGAAGGAGGCGGGGAGCUCAUUGUCGGAUGCGGGUGAAGUGGCGGAGAGUUCGUAG